AUGCCGCCCAAAACUUGUACACUGUGCUCGAAGAAUCGGGCAAUGUUGAAGCGGCCGAAGACUGGGCAGCAAAUAUGUAAAGAUUGUUUCUUCCUCGUAUUCGAAACCGAGGUCCACAAUACGAUAAUGGACGCAAAAUUGUUCAACCCGGGCGAAAGGGUGGCUAUUGGCGCAUCAGGCGGAAAAGAUUCAACUGUCCUAGCCUACGUUAUGAAGACACUGAAUGAACGCUAUAAUUACGGCCUUGAUCUCUUUCUACUUUCCAUCGAUGAAGGGAUCACAGGCUACCGAGAUGACUCACUAGAGACAGUAAAACGCAACCAACAACAAUACUCUAUGCCGUUGAAAAUCCUGUCCUAUGAUGAGUUAUAUGGCUGGACGAUGGAUGCCAUUGUGGGCCAGGUGGGGAGGAAGAACAACUGCACCUUUUGCGGCGUGUUCAGGAGGCAGGCACUCGACCGUGGAGCAGCGAUGUUGAACGUCCAUCAUAUAGUCACUGGGCAUAAUGCCGACGACAUUGCAGAGACGGUGUUGAUGAACAUUAUGCGAGGGGACAUUGCACGGCUCGGACGCUGCACUUCGAUAUGUACGCAGGGCGAAGAUACAAUCAAACGAUCCAAGCCAUUUAAAUAUAGCUACGAGAAGGAGAUCGUAAUGUACGCCUACUUCAAGAAGCUAGAUUAUUUCUCGACCGAGUGCAUUUAUUCUCCGGACGCGUACCGGGGGCAUGCCCGGGUAUUUCUGAAGGACCUUGAAGCCGCUCGACCUAGCGUCAUCAUCGAUAUAAUACACUCCGGAGAGGCGUUCGAAAUACGGGACGAAGUCAAAGCUACUCAGAAGGCUCAGCAGGUCUGCAAGCGAUGUGGGUAUAUGUCCAGUAACGACCUGUGCAAAGCAUGUACUCUACUGGAAGGCCUAGAAAGGGGUCUCGCCAAUGCUGGAAUAACGGAUCGUGCAAGAAGGAACAUGAACGCUGAGGGAGCAGCUCCAGACGACAUGCGGACGAUACCCUUCUACAAACCACCCACCGAUAUGGCCGCCAUACCAAUCACCUCUAAUUCUUGA